AUGGCAAAUUUAUCAACAACACUCUCAAAUAGAGAACGUCUUUCGAUAUUCAAAUCAACAUCAACAUCUAAAUAUCGGCAACAAAGAAAACUGCUUGAUAUUUUAUCUCCACUUUUCUUGCAUUCAUUCCUUUUUACUUUUCCAUCCAAUUCCUACCCCAAAACGUCAAACACAUUGACACAAAUAGUCAAACAAUUUAAUUGGGCAUCCCAUAAAUACUCACACUCUUCAAUUACACUACUUUAUACGUUGGAUUCACUUCUCUCACAACAUCAAUUGUCACAACGAAACUUCUUUUCGCUUCUUCUGAAAAACACAAAUUGUUCUCGUUUUUACCCACUUUUGGGAUUCUGUUAUUCGUGGGGCUAUGGCACAAAUAUUUUACAAGAAAAUGCGUUUUUCUAUUACUCCCUAGCUGCGAAUGAUAAUGAUCCAGCAUCUCAACACGAAUUGGGUUGGUUUUAUGAAUUCGGUGGAUACGCAGGUUGUAAUCGUGAUCCAGAACGCGCGUUUUAUUGGUAUCAGAAAUCAGCCCAACUUGGAUACACGCCUUCUCAAAACUCGUUGGGAGAAUGUUGGCAUUUCGGAAUUGGAACUGAACUUAAUUUGAAAAGAGCUUUUUUAUGGUAUCAGCGAGCAGCAUGUGGAGGAAAUCGGGAUGCCAUGAAACGUUUAGGGGAAUGCUAUGAAUAUGGAAUUGGCACACAAAGAGAUUAUGGAAAUGCCAUUCUAUGGUAUCGCGCCUCGGAUGCAGGGAAUGAAGUGGAUGAAAGAUUUCAGAAUAGACUGUUUGAAAAAGGAUACGAGAAUUUGACUUGGUUUAUCAGACGAGCGAAAAUUGGAGAUUCAAAAGCACAACGAAUUUUAGGUGACCUUUUUCGUACAUGUGUGCCAUUUUCUGGUAAUAAUGACGACAACGUAAUAAAUCAACUCGACCAAUAUCAAAACCCACAACGCGCGUUCACAUGGUACAAAUUAUCAUCGUCAUUUUCUUCCGAUACCAAAAAUUGCAACAUCGCCGCAAAAAAACGUCUCGCGCUAUGUUAUCGCCAAGGGAUUGGAACAAAACGCAAUUUACGUAAAAUGAUAGUUUGUUUUCGUGAAAUUAUACAAAACCAUAAUAAUACUGAAAUAGAAAUUGAGAUUGCCAAGGCUAGAAAGCUUGGCAUUGGCCUAGAACGUGAUUUACACGUAUCUAUUCGUGGUUAUUUACGUGCUUUAAGGAAUGGAAAUAUUUUUGCUGCAUUGGAAGGGAUUGAAAAUAUUUUUUCGGGUGGUUGA